AUGUCUGAACAAAUAUUCAUGUCUGGGAUAAAACCGUUAGCUGUGAACAAUGGCAACGUGUCGGAACAAUGGCGUCGAUGGAAGCAAAAAUUCGAAAUUUUUUGUGACGCAAAUGAUAUUAAAAAACAAGAUGAGACAAAGCAAGUGGCUAUUUUUUUGAACACAAUUGGUGAUUAUGGCAUUGAAAUAUAUAAUUCCUUCAACAUCGACAGAAAAAAUAUUUCUUUGGAAAAUCUGAUAAAAGCGUUCGAUGAGAAAUUUAAUCCUCAAAGUAAUAUCACAGUAGAAAGAUACAAUUUCUUCACAAGGACUCAACAAAUAGAUGAAUCUUUAGACAACUAUGUAACAGUAUUAAACAAUUUGGCUAUGUCUUGUGAAUUUAAUACAUUGAAAGAUUCUUUGGUUAGAGAUAUGUUUGUUAUUGGCAUUCAAAAUUCAAAAAUUCGUGAAAGUUUGCUUCAGCAGGAAAAAUUAACACUGGAAGAUGCAUUAAAAAUUGCUAAAAGCAUGGAACUGUCCCAGGAGCGUUCGUCAAGAAUCACACAGUCGCAUACACCCAAGGAAUUAUCCAACAAUAUUCAAGCGCUGAAAAACAUUAACAAUCAUAGAAGUAGAUCGAUCUCAAAAACAAGAAACAAGAAAAACAGAAAUUCAAGUCAAAGUUCAUCAAGAAAAAGGUCUCCAUCACAAAACAAAACUUGUAGGCGAUGUGGUCAAGUGCAUAUAUAUAAAUGCCCAGCGGAAGGAAAAACAUGCAACAUUUGCAAGAAGACAAACCAUUUUGCCAAUUACUGUUUUUUCAACAAAAAUAACAAGUCGGACAAGAGACAUAUUAGUAGUGCCAAG